CCCGUCGCCAUCUCCGGCGCCCGCUGCUCCUGCGACGGCGCCGUCACCGACUGCUCGCGCCGCCACAAGUCCGUCGUGCGCCCGGCCGAGCUCUGCCCCAACAGCACCGUCAUCGACUUGCAGGGCAACAACCUGAGCGCGUUUCCCGAGGGGCUGGGCGCGUUCCGCGUGAUCGUGGCGUCGGAGAACCGGCUGUCGCGGCUGCCGGCGGCGCCGGCGCAGCUGGGCAGUGCGACGCGCGUGCUCGACCUGGCGCGCAACGCGCUCGCCAACUCGUCGCGCGAGCUGAGCGGCCUGGCGCAGCUGCGCGUGCUGCGCCUGCAGCACAACUUCCUCUCCGCGCUCGACUUCCUGCCCGCGCGCCCCGCCUGCGCGCUGUACGUGCUCGACGUCGCCAACAACUCCGUCUCCAGCCUCGAAGGACCUGUCCAGGACUGCACGCGUCUUGUUUUUCUGAAUCUUGCCCAAAACCAACUAGCGACCGUGCCCAGCAAUGCAUUCUACAAGCUGAGGAAACUCAAGGACCUCUUCCUGGAUUCCAACAUGAUCGAGUCAAUCUCAGAGAACGCAUUUAGAGGAAUGCGAAGUCUCAGCGGCAACGCGCUGUCGGCGCUGCCGCCCACUCUGCUGGACGCGUGCGCGCGCCUCGAGGUGCUCGACCUGCACGCCAACCACCUGCAGGCGCUGCCGCCGCGCCUCUUCCUCGGCCUCCGCGCGCUCCGGGAGCUGCAGGUGUGGAAGAAUCGACUCACCGAAGUGCCUGACUUUAUCGACAACUGUCCUCGACUCGAAGUUGCGAACUUUGACAGCAACAAUUUAACAGAAGCAAGUCAGAAAGACCAGCGUGCCUUGCUGGAAAGGAUCUUGAGAAGGGAGAGGCAUUGAAGACAAUCAAAAGCGCACUUUUCAUUGAAAACACGAUGGUUAAGAAAUUUUAUUCGGUUUGUGAAAAAAAUCAAUGACUCAAAUAUCAAAUUAGUUUUAAAAGUUUCCGAAAAUCAGAAAAACAUUACUCAGAUAUUCACAGAAUAUCCUCGAAUAUCCUCUGUCAUUGACCUCGAAUUAUUUGAUUUUUUUAAAACUUUGUGUGUCCAUUCUAAUAGCAAAAAAACACACUUCUUCUUGUUUUUGUAAGUCAUUUAUCUUUAAAGUUAUCCGAAAUUAAAAAUAACAAAAUUGCGUCCGUCCUGUCUUAUAUAAAUGCUCAUUUCUCCUUUACUACAAAAACUAAAGAAUUCAAACUAUUCAUUUUAUAUAAUAGAACUCGACCUGUUAUUAUAGUUGCAUUAAAAUUAUACUAAAAUUAAGAGUAUUUUUGUAGCUUUUUAACUUUAAUUUUUUAUUUUUUUUUAGUUCGCGUUUUUAAACAUUUAAAAACAUCACUA